AUGACCUCUCUUCGCUUCCAAGAUCCCAAGCCAGGCUCAAAGAUCCGCGUAAUCGGUGCAGGUCUUCCACGGACAGGCACCAACUCCUUCUGCGCCGCGCUUCAAGUCCUGCUCGGUGGACCCUGCUAUCACGCCGGAGUACAAUGGGGUGCUCAAGGGGCGACAGAUGAGAAACAUAUCAAGACCAUGAUUAAGGCUGCAGGAAAAUAUCCAUACGAUGCUGCGACCAAGCAAAGCAUUCUCGCCGAACUCGAGACUCUACUGGAUGGCUAUGUGGCCGUGGCAGACCCUCCACUGUCCCUCCUCUACCCCGAGCUGCUCGAAUUGUACCCUGAUGCCAAGGUAAUCGUAACAAUCCGCGAUCAUGACUCUUGGGCGAAGUCUAUGACCGACAUGUUCAAAACCACAGGACCUGUGCUUGUGGGACGCAUCUUCUUUUGGCUGCCAAGUGUGCGAUGGCUUCCUUCACUCCACAUCUCCUUGACCCACAUCUUCUUCCAAAAACAUGGAAUUGAAAUGGUGGACAAGCAAACAUGCUUGGCCGCAUGGGAGAAGCAUCAUGCCCAGCUCGAAGAAACUGUGCCGCCUGAUCAACUCAUCUACUUCAAUGUGAAGGAUGGUUGGAAGCCACUUUGUGAGGCGCUCGAUCUACCUAUCCCUGAUACUCCAUUCCCACGACUGAACGAUGCAAAAGACCUUGAGAAUCACUUCAAAAAACUAGCCGCUCGGGGUCUGGCGCGUUGGGCCUUUUUCUUCGUGGCCAGUUUCUUCAUCCUCACUUCUACUUUGCUCGUGGUCGAUGGCUCGAUCUGCAGACUUGACGCCGUACACUCUCGUCAUGGCAUCUUUCUGGCCGUCGAUACAUGUCUAUUGCUGAUACUGCCGGCAUUGUGGCCGUUUCUAUAA